AUAUUUUUGAACGUUUUCUUCCUAUAAAACGCAGCAAUUCUUGUCUCAAAACAACUCCAAAAAUGAAUGCAUUAAUCGUUGCGACGAUUGUCGCGCUCUUCGCGGCCAACGUGUCCGCCAGACGUCUCUGCGACAAACGCGUCAUUGCCGGCGCCGACACCGUCUGCGUCUGCAACGCCACCUAUUGUGACGACAUGCCGGCGCUCCCGACGCCCACCAAAGGCGUCGCCACAGUCUUCGAGAGCAACAAAGGCGGCGACCGUUUCGUCGAAUCGCGGCUCGACUUC